AUGAGAAAUUUAUCAUAUUAUAUGGAAGAUUAUUUACUUACAUAUGAAUAUCAACGUUAUCAUGAUUUUCGGGGUAAAAAACAUAUAUGUCGAAAUACUAAAUAACGUACAUGGUAUAAAUCAAUGCGUGAUAUUGGGUUUGCACUAUCAUCCACAGAUGUGAAAAAUACACUUAAUUUUUAUAAAGUAGUUAAAGAUCGAACAUCAAUUGAUGUAAUGAAAAAUUAUAUUUAUGAUUUUAUAAAGUAUCAUGAUAUAUUAAAAAAUGAUUUAUUUAAUGGACAUAAGACAAUAUUUACAUAA